AUGAAUAAUAGUGCCACGUCACUGUGGCUGUUGGGUGUCAUCCAUCCUCUCAUCUCACUAGUACCAUCUCCGUCUCUCUUGGAUUCUCUCAGAUUCCAAUGGAAGCUUCAAAAAGCUGAUUCCUGUAGCAAAAUUCUCCUUCUUCACUCUCAGAUUCGGAUCCCUGGUGAGACCUGCCUGGUGAUGGUAUGCAGCAGUCUCAUAAGGAGUGUCAUUGUUCAGGCUGCUCAUCAUAUUGGGGUGUUUUCUCAAGGAAGGCGUAUUAAUCUCGGAUUUGGAAUCAGUGCAGAAAAGAUGAGUGUCGAAUCUUCUCGAAUUUCCAUGGUUGAUAUGCCUCCUCAUAAAGUUGAUGAUGGUGGAUACAUUGGUGGUGGGUGGAAAAAGUGA